AGCAAGCUUCCUGCCCUUUAGCUAUGGUUUUGAUGGGUUGGACGACUAAACAAAGGAUACCUUCUCAUCCACAACCCCUCUCUCUCUCUCUCUCUCUUCUCUCUUCUCUCUUCUCUCUCUUGAAAGUUUCCUUUUAUCUAUAAAGAAUCUUAUAAUUUUGCUUGGUUUCAUUUGUUCUUAUGUGUAUGGCUUUUAUUGAAUUAAUCUUGAUAGCAGCUUUCACUCAGACCUUUGGUUUCUCUUUUUCCAAUUCUUGAACAAGAUAGGAGAGACUGUAAACUUAGCAGUUUACAGACUAUUAUUACUCUUUGCUUUCUAUACUUUCUUUUCUUCUUUCCAUCUUUCUUACACCUAUAUUCUUCUUCAGUCUUUUGUCUUCUUUUCACUUCUCUCUAGGGUUUGAGACAUAUAUAUAUAUAUAGCAAAAUAUAUACUACAAAGUAACUAGAUUAUCUCUUUUUUUAAUGAAAUGAUUAAGGGUAUGGUAGGAGAUGAUAGUAUGUCAAAUUUAACAUCUGCAUCUAAUGAAGCAAGCAUAUCUUCAAGUAAUAGAACUCAUGAAAUUGGUAGUGCUCUCUUCCCACACCACUCGCUUGCACCAACAAACACACAAACACAACCAGCUCCUACUAAUAAGAAGAAGAGAAAUCUACCAGGCAAUCCAGAUCCAGAAGCAGAAGUGAUAGCUUUGUCUCCAAAAAGUCUAUUGGCAACAAAUAGAUUUGUAUGUGAGAUCUGUAACAAAGGAUUUCAAAGAGAUCAAAAUCUUCAACUACACAGGAGAGGUCAUAAUUUGCCAUGGAAACUAAAGCAAAGAACAAACAAAGAAGUGAAGAAGAAAGUAUAUGUGUGUCCAGAGCCUUCAUGUGUACACCAUCAUCCCUCAAGGGCACUAGGGGAUUUGACUGGGAUUAAGAAGCAUUUUUGUAGAAAACAUGGUGAGAAGAAAUGGAAGUGUGAGAAAUGCUCAAAGAGAUAUGCAGUUCAGUCUGAUUGGAAAGCUCAUUCCAAGAUUUGUGGUACUAGAGAGUAUAGAUGUGAUUGUGGAACCCUUUUCUCUAGGAGGGAUAGCUUCAUCACACAUAGAGCUUUUUGUGAUGCAUUAGCAGAAGAAAGUGUAAGAACAAUCACAACACCAACAAAUCCUCUAAUUUCCUCUUCUUCAAAUUCCCAUCACCUUAAUCUCCAUACCCUCCAAAACUUUCAACUCAAACAAGAACAACAACAACUUAGUAAUUUCAACCUUCUUCCUCCGCACCCUUCGAACGAGCUUUCGUCUCAGUUAUUCAUUCAUAACCCUACUAGUAGUAGCAGUAACAAUAUAUUUGGAGCAGCGGCAGCAGCUCACAUGAGUGCAACUGCAUUACUACAAAAAGCAGCACAAAUUGGGGUCACUUCUUCUUCUAAUUCUAAUUCUGCUGCUAGUUUUUUCAGUCCUACUACUACUACUACAACUGGCAUGGCAAGUUGUGAUUUAGCCUCACGUGAAUAUCAUCAGUUUCAAAAUAUUAGUGCUAAUAAUAGUAUUAUGGCUCCCACUACUGGUAAUUUUGUUGCUGGUCAUAGCUUGGCAUCUUAUGGCGACGACAACAACAAUAACAAAGGUGUUUUUGAUCAUUUUAGUGUCAACUCUGGGUUUAUGGAACAAAUCCAUGACAUGCAAAACAUGAUGGCUGCUGCUACUACUGCUUUGCCUUGUACUAAUAAUAAUAAUGUUGGUUUUGAUGAGGGAUUUGGUGGUGCAAAUAAUCCUUUGAUAAUGAGAGGUAAAGAAAAUAAUGAAGGAUUGACAAGAGAUUUCUUGGGACUUAGAGCAUAUCCACAUCCUAGGGAUUUUUUCAAUAAUAGUACUACUACUACAACUGGUCUUCAUCAUCAGAUGGGUUCUUCCUCUUCUGCUGCUGCUUCAUUUGACCAUCAUCAGCAGAAUCAAAAUCAAUCACCCUGGCAAGAUUAGUCUGCUUUUGAGUUUUAAUUCCUUUAAUUAAUUAGAGAACAAAAAUAUGUUAAUUUGUUGUUGUGGUUUUGUAUUUAGUUUGAAGUCUUUUCGGAAGGGAGCUAAGCACCCUUCCUUAAUUACGUACUCAGCUUUAUUUAUUAUAUACUCAUCCUUUCAGUUAUUCACUUCAA